ACCCUUACCUGGUCCGUAACUAUGCAACUCGGUUACAACUUACAACCCUCUCUUCUACGGACACUCCCUUGUUUUCUACCCUCCAAAAUCCGAAUAAGAUUGUAACUGUAACGUGUUCAAUCUCAGCGUGGUUAUGGCAUAUAGUGGCAUCAAUUUGGUGUUUCAUCAUGGCUCAAUGUUCCAUCACGAAUCUACAACUUCUUUAGCCAAACCCGUCAGACUAUGCGCAAGCUCUCAUUUGCUUUCUGCAACCUGCCCUGUCACAAGUGCCUGUAAACCCCUCUGUCGGCGGUGCAGCUGCAAAACGAAACGGCUUGUUGUAAGGUGUUGUUCAAUCAGUGAGUUUGUUGUUUCUAGUGAUGCAAAUUACGGCAAUAAGCAGGUUAUUAGUCUCACGCCUCGUCUUUAUGAUUAUUUGCUCAAAAAUGUUCGAGAACCAGAGAUUCUAAGGCAACUGCGAGUGGAGACGGCAUCUAUGCGUGGAAGUCAGAUGCAGGUGUCUCCUGAUCAGGCACAGCUACUUGCAAUGCUCGUGCAGAUUCUUGGAGCGGAAAGGUGUAUUGAAGUCGGUGUUUAUACUGGUUACUCAUCACUAGCCAUAGCAUUAGUCCUGCCAGAAUCAGGUCGUUUAGUUGCCUGUGAAAGAGAUGCCAAAUCUCUUGAUGUUGCUAAGAAGUAUUAUCAACUUGCUGGUGUUUCACAUAAGGUUGAUGUAAAACUUGGACUUGCAGCGGAUUCCCUAGAAUCUCUAAUUAUGAAUGGUGAAGUAGGAAGCUAUGACUUUGCAUUUAUUGAUGCUGAGAAAAGGAUGACUGCGAAAUAUUUUGAGAUGCUACUACAACUAGUGAGGGUUGGAGGUCUUAUUGUAAUUGAUAAUGUCCUUUGGCAUGGAAAAGUUGUUGAUCCAUUGGUAAGUGACUCUAAAACUAACAGCAUUAGAAAUUUUAAUCAACGGUUAAUCGGAGACAAGCGUGUAAGCAUCAGUAUGGUGCCUAUUGGAGAUGGGAUGACAAUCUGUCGGAAAAUUCAGAAUUAUAUAUCUUAAGAGUUUAGUUCUAUGCGAUUGCAUUUGCACCCUUCAGGGUGAUUAUACUUCUGCAGGGUUGAUGGAAGCAAAGUUAUUUAAGUCAUUACGUGUUCUUCAAACUUGAGUUUUAGUAGUUCGAUCUCUUAGACUUGCUUUGGAAAGGACCUGAGAACUGCUUGAGGGAGAAUACCUUUUAGCUCCGUAGGGAAACUAAACACUUGAUAUUGUAAGAAUCAAACUGAAGACAGAAAUGAGAAUAGUUUUUGAAAUCUUAGAGAGCAUAAUGAGAGUAAAUGCUUCAUUGAUGUAGAGAGAGUUCUAAUGUGACUAAUAGUUUUUCAGAGCCUAGUAUAGGGAAAACGUUGAGAUGUGUAAAUGUAGAUUUAAUGAAAAGUUUGCUAAAUUAAGAUUCUUAA